UUUGAACUCUUCUGAUCAGGAAUUCAUGAUGACAACAAAUUUUCCAUAGAAGUAGUUUUUUACUCGUGCCGUUUGUUAUUAGACAUGUUCAGCGUCUUUAAUCAAAAUCUGUCUCGAGCGACUGGCAAUACUCGAUAAUUAACAGACGAAUACUUUACAGUGUAAGACCAGUAGAAAUUCCACGAUGGCCAUGUACGGCGAGGAGGGCUCGGUGCACGGUUGGAACGCCGUGGACGUUCGCGUCGACGAUCACCUACAGCACGGCGACGUCAUCAACGUGGCGCCGGGCGGAUUGAUCAUUGAUUUCCGCUGUGCCAAGCAGCGUGCGCUGUUUGUCGAAUUCGACCGGGUAUACCACAGCCCCCACUCCACGCAGCACAGCUUUCAACCCGAAAAGCAGGCACUGCUGCGCCGCUAUCCGGACGGUGCCUGGAUCUGGUACACCGGGCGAGUGGUAAACAUGUGGCGCUUCAGCAGCGACAGCGCGCAACUCCUGGAUGUCGAGCUGCCCGCGGGUGCCGUCCGCCAGGUGGUCCAUUUUCACCAAGUCCGCACCAUUCCGUCAGAGGCGGACUGGGAGGAGCUACGCGUCGGGAACGAUGACUUUGUUAUUCGCUCGUGCCAGUUACCCGCGGCUUUCUUGGCCGAGGGUUCGGAGUUGCGCCGGGAGCUCUUCCAGUGCCGAUUGAACUACCGAUACCAGGUGGUGUGCACCUCGGUACUCAGCCAGACCGUCGUGUAUCUGCAGCGUCAAAAUAAGGCUCCUUUGACUGCUGAUCAAGUGGAUGGAAUAUUCAAACAGGUGAAGAAAGAAGAGAGACGUCGACGCCCAAGAGAUACUGCGCAUCUGCAGUUGGUACUCCGUCAGCGGGCGGAUGUAGCUAAUAAACCGCGAAAAACUUCGGGUGGAGCUGGAGCGGCUAGUCUGCCGCUGCCGGCUGAGCUGCUGGUGGAGAUCUUCCAGUCGCUGGACUCCAUUGGGCGCGUCCGCUGUCGGCGUGUCUGUCCGCUGUGGAACGACAUUCUCACCACGGAAGCCUACUUUCCCGAUGUGCGUGUAUCCGCCGGUCACCCGGAUUACGGCGUUCUGACGUUUGCGGGUCCGGGUAUCUACUGGGCAGGGGCCUGCUUGCUCCGAUGUGUCAGCAGUCGCACCAAGAUGGUGAUUAUCUCGUCUGUCGGAUUAUAUCAGUGCGUGGAAUUGACGGCUCUCCUGGGUAUGCUCCUCGAACCGGUCAAGAUCCCCCCUGGUGGUGUUCUACGACUGCGAGUUCGGCGAGGAGUUGUCCGGUAUCCGGGGUGUCAUGGACUGCGCUGUUCGAACGUUCGGCGAGGGGUCGGCGUGCGAGCGGGUGGUGUGGAAGAAAUGCGAUAUGUAUGAUCGCAAUUUAAAGUUGAAAGCGGCGGUAGCACAGCACGCAUUCACUGCCCUGUCGGGGGACGCGUUGGAGGGUGAGUUGUGCGAUGUCUUCGAGCAGCAUCUCGUCCUGACGAAGCCGUUGAAUCAGCCGGCUUUAGCGACAUCGAUUGCCGACUGCAUCGCUCACCGAUCCAGCGAACUAACGGAAGAACAGAU